CCUUUUCCACUCUCGAAGCUUCAACCUCACAGUAGCUAGUCCCCAGAGCUUCAGCUCACUCACUAUCUUCGUCCUCCUCUCAAGUCUCAACGACCACCAACUCCCAAAUCCCGCCGCGGAGCUCACAACAUCCAAGAAACCACUCGCAGGCAGCUUGCCACCCCGCGGAUCCAGGCCCCGCGAUGGCCGCCUGGGCCGCGCUCCUGGCCGUCGUCCUGGCGCUGUCGUGCGCGCGCGAGCGGCGGCUCCUGGUGGCCGACGCGGCCGUGGGGGUCAACUGGGGCACCCUGUCGUCGCACCGCGCGCCGCCGGCGGUGGUGGUGGACCUCCUGCGAGCGAACCGGAUCGGGAAGGUCAAGCUCUUCGACGCCGACGCCGGCGUGCUGCGCGCGCUCGCGCGUAGCGGCAUCGAGGUCAUGGUCGGCCUCACCAACGGCGAGCUCGCCGGCAUCGCGGGCUCACCGGCGGCCGCCGACGCCUGGGUCGCGCAGAACGUCUCGCGCUACGUCGGCCGCGGCGGCGUCGACAUCCGGUAUAUUGCUGUGGGAAAUGAGCCAUUUCUGACAAGCUACCAGGGUCAAUUUCUGUCAUACGUUAUUCCAGCAAUGACAAACAUUCAGCAAUCACUGGUGAAGGCUAAUCUUGCUAGCUAUGUGAAGCUAGUAGUCCCGUGCAACGCCGACGCAUAUGAGGGCGCCGUUCCGUCGCAAGGAGUGUUCAGGACUGAAUUGACCCAGAUAAUGACCCAGCUCGCCGCUUAUCUCAGUUCAAAUGGAGCUCCGUUCGUGGUCAAUAUCUACCCAUUCCUCAGUCUUUACCAGAAUUCCGACUUCCCAGAAGAUUAUGCCUUCUUUGAGGGAUCAACUCAUCCACUUGUAGAUGGCUCCAACGUGUACUACAAUGCUUUCGACGGCAAUUUCGACACGUUGAUUUCUGCUCUGGGUAAACUCGGCUACGGGCAACUACCCAUUGCAAUUGGUGAGGUGGGUUGGCCGACUCAGGGAGCACCAAGUGCAAACUUGACUGCAGCAAGGACAUUCAACCAAGGACUCAUCAACCGUAUCAUGAGCAACAAAGGGACCCCCCUCCGCCCUGGUGUACCCCCGGCUGAUGUCUAUCUUUUUGGCCUUCUUGAUGAGGAGCAGAAGAGUGUACUACCUGGAAACUUUGAGCGACACUGGGGGAUCUUCUCAUUUGAUGGACAGGCCAAGUACCCGUUAAACCUUGGGUUAGGCAACCCGGUUCUGAAGAAUGCUAAAGAGGUGCCCUAUCUUCCGUCGCGGUGGUGCGUCGCGAACCCGGCUCAGAGCCUCGACAAGGCGUCAACUCACUUGAAGCUUGCUUGCGACAUGGCGGAUUGCACCACCCUCUACUAUGGAGGGUCGUGCAAUGGCAUCGGGGAGAAGGGCAACGUGUCAUUCGCUUUCAACAGCUACUAUCAGAUGCAGAAGCAGGAUGCCAAGAGCUGUGACUUUGAUGGGCAUGGGAUGAUAACUUUCCUUGAUCCAUCCAUGGGUGAAUGCCGCUUUCUUGUUGGCAUCGAUGAUAGCAAGAGCUCUGGGGCUGCCUCUUGCGGCCAUUGCUGCGGGGUCUUCUGUGGGGUGUCGAUUUUCACUUUGUGGGUGUUCAUGUACCUUAGGAUGAUGGGCUCUGCCUGACGUUGGAAAUGGUCUGUUGGGGCAUGAUAGGCGUGCCUUUGUGAAAUACUACUAGCUUGUACGCUUGACUUCUAGAUGACUAGAUAUGAAUCCUAGAUUAUCGUAAGAUUAGCGAAGAAGGCUAUUCUAGUCAUAUAUGGAGAUUAAUUUAUUGUUUAAA